AAGAUGCUGUCCGAGCAAGCCCAAAAGUGGUUCCCAACCCACGUGCAGGUCACAGUGCUCCAAGCCAAAGAUCUGAAGCCAAAAGGCAGGAGUGGCACCAAUGACACAUACACUAUAAUUCAGCUGGGCAAAGAAAAGUACUCCACGUCUGUAGCCGAGAAAACCCUUGAGCCGGUCUGGAAGGAAGAGGCCUCCUUUGAGCUGCCGGGGCUACUCAUGCAGGGGAACCCCGAGAAAUACAUUCUUUUCCUCAUAGUUAUGCACAGGUCCCUGGUGGGUUUGGAUAAAUUCUUAGGUCAGGUGGCCAUCAAUCUCAAUGACAUCUUUGAGGACAAACAAAGAAGGAAAACAGAGUGGUUUAGGUUAGAAUCCAAACAAGGAAAAAGAAUCAAAAACAGGGGUGAGAUAAAGGUCAAUAUUCAAUUUAUGAGGAACAAUAUGACAGCAAGUAUGUUUGACUUAUCAAUGAAGGACAAAACAAGAUCUCCCUUUGCAAAAUUAAAAGACAAAAUGAAAGGUAGAAAAAAUGAUGGGACAUUUUCUGAUACAUCUUCUGCAAUCAUUCCAAGUACUCACAUGCCUGAUUCUAAUACCGAAUUUUCCAGUGGUGAAAUACAGAUGAAAUCCAAGCCAAAAAAGCCUUUUCUUUUGGGUCCUCAGAGACUCUCUUCUGCACACUCGAUGUCUGAUUUAACUGCAUCCCACACAUCUGAGAAACUGAAGCCUGGUGCCAUAGGUCAAACACAUCUUCUUGGUCGCCAGAUAGAUUCCUUUGGAGUAGUGCCAGAAAGUGGAAGUCUCAAGUCACCACACCGAAGAACAUUAAGCUUUGAUACUUCUAAAAUGAACCAGCCUGACAGCAUUGUGGAUGGAGGUGAAUCCUCCUUUGGAAGACAGAAUGACCCAUUUACAAACGUGACUGCUUCAUUACCCCAAAAAUUUGCAACACUGCCAAGGAAGAAAAAUCCAUUUGAAGAAAGCAGUGAAUCAUGGGACAGCAGCUUGAGUUUAUUUUCAAAAUCAGUUGAAGUAAGAAAAGAAAAUAAAAGAGAAAAAAGGGAGAAAGUGAGCUUAUUUGAAAGAGUGACGGGGAAAAAAGAUAGCAGAAGAGCUGACAGACUUAACAAUGGGGGAUCUGAUAGUCCUUGUGACUUAAAAUCGCCCAGUGCAUUUACUGAAAACCGGCAGGACUAUUUUGAUUAUGAGUCAACUAAUCCGUUUACAACAAAAUUCAGGGCUUCAAAUAUAAUGCCAUCUUCAAGUUUUCAUAUGAAUCCGACAAGCAAUGAAGAUCUCAGGAAAAUCCCGGACAGUAAUCCUUUUGACGCUGCAGCAGGAUUCCGGAGCCUGACCUAUGAAGAGGUGCUGCAGGAGCUGGUGAAACACAAAGAGCUGCUUCGGAGGAAGGACACCCACAUCCGGGAGUUGGAGGACUACAUUGACAACCUCUUGGUCCGGGUGAUGGAGGAGACGCCCAGCAUCCUCAGAGUGCCGUAUGAACCGUCCCGGAAAGCUGGCAAGUUCUCCAAUAGUUAAUAAACCCAGCACAUUGCAUUUCCAAUUGGAAAGAGUGUAAGAGGGAAGAAAGGAGGAAGGACAAACUUGUCACGGGAAGGGACCACACUUGACAGGUUUCAUUACAAGCACUCCCUCAUGGUACAAAGCUGUUUCACCUGUAAAUAUCAGCAGAGACUCUGAAAAGUGACUUUGGAAGUGAACAAAAUACUCUAAACUUCUAAGGUGAAAACGGGCCAUAGUCUUGUUGAACAGCCAUUUUCUAGGAUUCACGUGGGUGUUGGUGCUGACCCACCAAUCUGCCAUAGGCCCACAAUGUCUUUCAAGUUCAUGAGUUAUCCCUCAGGAAUAGUUUUCCUAAAGCAGAAGCGAUAUUGUGGCAAGGUUCUCACAAGUCAGUUGUAGACAAACUUAGCUUCAGGAAUACAGCUCAUUAUAGACACUACUAAAACAUCCCUAUUUUAUAUACAUGUAUAUGUACAUGAAUAUAUAUUCAUGUAUCUUUGUGUAUAAAAUACAUGCAUAUACCUCAUGUAUACAUGUGUUUUUAGAAUAUUUGAAAAUGUUGGUUGCCUCUAAGGUUGAGAUACCAGUUCCUUUAAGAAUGUGUGCUCACUCUGUGAAUGCAAAACAGGACAUCACCACUACUAUUCUGGCUCAGCACGCAGAAGCUGCUUCGAAUCACUCUCGACUGUGAAUGUCAGUUUCAGAGUGAUUCCAUCAUCACAGCUUUGUUCCUUUUCCCAAAGUGAUAAUCUGUGGAUUUUUUCUUAUUUAUUUUUAUUUUUUGCUGUGGGCCCAUUCUACCAUGAAAGAUAUCCCAGCCCUUCUAAAGUCUUUUUGACAAAAAUGAUAAAUUCAUUUUACAGCAGCAUGAAUGUCUUUCGUUUAAUUUUUACCUAACAUUUGACUCUUAUUUAAGGUAUUAGCAGAAGAUAAGCUAAUGCAGUUUGUUUUGUUGAAAUUCUGCAUGCCUUUAAAUCAUUAGUAAAGAAAAUAUUACAAAGUCAUAUCUGAAAAUAAUUUAGGAAUAAAAAGAGGAAGGUGUCUGUCUGGUACCCAAAGCCAAACUAGGAAUGAGGAAUUAAGCUUGGUUUCAAGUUUCCUAAAUAAUAGAACAGAUGGCUGCCUUUGGUUCUUCUUCACAGCAGAAGUGAGUUUUUAGAGCAGUCCCUCCAAGACCUGAGGAAGUAAGCACCGUAUGAGAGACUCCUCCUUAAAGUCCACGCCCUCAAAGUGUGGAUUGGAUCCAUGGAUUAGCAAAAUGGAUUUUUAUAAAACAAUUUUGAAAUUUAAGAUGAACACAAUAAUAAAAAAUGCUAGUAAUCUUCUGCUUAUUUUUCACCCUUAAAAAACCUAGUAUACUUCCUGUGAACACAGUGUAUCUGUCUUUCUAAAUUUGAAGGAAAAGGUUCAUCUCCACACUAGGCCUGCAGUGAGUUUUAUACCCUAGAGUCUCCCUCUAGAAAGAUUUCACUGUAAUUUAAAUCAGAAGCAGGUAGUUUUAUUUAUUGACCAAGUUUACAUUCAUAAACUGCAGAUUCUUGUUACCUGUAUUUUCUGUGUUACUCUAGUUUUCCUGUGAGAACAGGCAUUUUGAAACUCUGAAAUGUUAUCCCCAGUACAGUAAAUUAAAUAUUCUAAAAUUAAAUGGAGAAGGAAAAUGCCUUUGUCAGUUUUUCUCUCCGUGUGAAAUUCAAGUUCUGUAAUAAAGCUGAAACUCUAGUGCAGGAUUUUAUUUUCCAUUUGUGGUCUUAUUAAUGACUAUUUUUUAACCUGGUACCAUUUUACAUUAACAUUUAUUAAAUGUUAUAAAAUUCUUAGCAUUUAUUAUUAUUAAAACUAUUCUUAAACUUCAAAACACCACAGUGCACAUGUUUUCCGUAUUAGGCAAGAUAGCAUAAUGAGCUUCAUUCAGCCAGACUCAUUCUUCUAGAGUGAGUGAUAUGUCAGUUUCAUACGGAAUAUGUUUGCCUUAAUGCUCAAUAAAAAGUAUGCUGUUCUUUUUUAUGAGAGAAUAUAUUUUUAAGGAGCAUUUCUUUUGCCUCUGUAAAGAAAAAUGUUCUGGAGUAGACUAACUCAUCCAUGAGUGACUGGCUGAAGCUCAACCAGUAUUUUUAACUUUAAAAUAUGAGACAAGUGUUGUAUUUAGAACUAAAACUCCACUUAACAGCUGCCUGAAAGUACUCUGUUCCAGUGUUGAAUUUUUACUCUUGACCCAGAUUAAACCUGCUACAUAUUUUCACGAUCAGUCUAUGUAAAAGUGAAAAACAAGAACAGAUUUCCAAGUAAACAUACCAGUGUUCCAGUGUUUAAGCAGAAGUGCAAACAGUAUUCAUUUCUGGCAUUUUAGAGAAAAGGCCAAAAGGAUCACCUUAGUUAUUUUUCCAAAAUGUAACUCUAAUGAUUUAUUGUUUCAGCUAAGAAAUGCAAAUGAUAUAUAUGUGUGUGUUCAUAAAUAAUGCACAAUACAAUAUUCAGAGUUUACUUCUGUCUUUAUUCCUAAAAAUGUUUGUUCAAUACCAUUUCUACAAACAAGAUUGUGAACUAUUGUAAGAUUGAUACUUAAGACUAUCUUAAACUAAUGUACUUCUGUUACAUAAUUAAACUAUUUCUGCUUUACUUUAAAACCAGUAUUGCUUUAAAACCAGUUCUCCUCUCAGUUCUAAAGUUCAGCUUUGAAAGCUUGACAAUACCAUUCCACUACAUAAGCCUCACAUUUCACUAUGGAGGAGGUGGGUCAUAUAGUUCAUAUUGUAUAUAAAAUACUGUAUAACCCAGUCAUGACAAGUGUUUUUAUGUAUUGCUUUUUGCUACUAUAUUCUGCAUUGAACCUAGUUUUGCCCUUCAUCUGUGAAUGUCGUGUAUUAUUCAUAGAUUAUACAUAACUACAACUUUUGCUUUUGGCAGUAAGUCAAGAUUUAGUUGUAAUUUUCCAACUGUGAAAAUGUUGCCUUGUAUUUAAAAGGGUUUCAUGAAUGAAAACCUAAGUAAACUAAGCUCAUUAGUGACAGACCUGCUUUUUCAAGUCCUUCCCUUUAUCAUCUCCCAUCCUCACAUUCCCCUGUCUACCAAUCCCCAUAAGGGUGCUUAUCUUUCAGCAAGGAGAAUCUUUUAAAAAACAAAAAGAACUGACAACUACUGUCUUUAAUGUGUGUAUAGUGAUUGUUCCACUAGAGCUUUUCUUUUCCUCUAUAGGUUUUUAGGAAAAGCUGCUUGCCUUAGAUUUGUACAGCUAGCUGAAACUUCCUUGUGUCCAUGGACUUGUAUGUCCUGUAUACAGUAGGUAUCACUUGUGUGUGAAUUGGAAGCAUGCCCAUUCACUAGAUCUCUGUGAAGUAGGAGGGAAAGGAUCACGCUGCUGGCUCACUGGGGUAGAUGUGUGGGUCUGUCAGCACACAUCGCAAGCCCCCAUUUUCACAGAUUUAUAACAUUAAUAAUCCAGAUGCAAUCAUUGGAAGUAUUUAAUAUGCAAUAGGUAGCACCUUAACUAAUUAAUCUGAGUAUGAAGGAUUUUCUGAUGUAUUUAAUAAGAAGUGUAGGAGCUCUUCAAGCAUUAAACUCAAGUUGACGUUUUAUUUCAUUUACUUUCUCUGUCAAAAAUCCUCUUACAAUGGAAUUGAAGUCCGUUAACUAAUGAUACAUUUGGUUCUAUUCAUCUCUGAAGCUUGUAGAUGAUACAAAAAAUGCUACAGAUCUACAAAUGGGUGUACUUAGAAGGUACUUGGAUGAUAAAAGCAUUAUUUAUAAUGGUGGAGUAUUACAUUGACCUUAAGUAAGUGCUCUAGUAACUCAUGUUUUUGCAGGUACGAAAUCAAAAGCAUAUAAACAUUGUAUAUUGUGGCAGUUGUAUGUAUAAUUUACGUAAUUGAUGCAUGAAUCAAUUUUUAUAUGAUUAUAUGAUUAUUUAUUAUAGUUGAUUAAAGUGUUUAAAUGUAA